AAAUGAAUUAAUUAAAUCUUUGACCUGAGAGGAAGAAGUUGUUUUUUGCCUCUGUUAAUGACGUUCAUAAGUUUAUGUCUUCAUUUAUGACAAUACAGUUUCUUUUCAGCGAUUGUUUUACAUGAAAAAUUUAUUACACUUUUUAGUAUGGUAUGAGAUUAUGUGCUUUUAUAAGCUCUCAACUCAAAGCCAGAAAUUAAUUCAUGCUACUUAUCACAGUUGGAUGUUUGUGCUCACAAAAUGAGAGUCUUCAGUGUCAUUAACAACGGUGAUAUUGUAAUCCAAUUGUGCAAUCCGAAAGACGAUCUCGAUGGAAUUUUGCACGUUCUGCGCGAAGGUUACAUGAAAAGCGCCAACACUUUUGCUGCUUUCGCGAUGAACAAGCCAGAAGCAGCGAAAGCGCGUCUCGAGUAUGAAAAGAUUGUGAAAGCUGUGCUCUUUGCCGGAAUUUCAGUUGUUGCUCGUGACGUGCGAUCGAAGAGGAUCAUAGGAUACUGCUUAAAUCACAUUCAAUCUCGCCUUCAGUGUGACGAGAAGACAUUCUAUGAGAAGUUUAGAGACAGCAGCGACAGUGAAUUGUUGAAAAGCCUACUGGAUUUCAGGAUUGCCAAAGAUAAGCAAAUCGAUCUCUUUGAAAUGUACAACGUUGAUCAUUACAUUGAGUUCGUCUGGGUUACAACUAUUCCCGAAUAUCGCAAACUUGGUGUUGCGCAAAGUCUAGUCGAGUCCUCACUUAUCAUGGCGAGGGAAAUUGCAGCGGGAAAGUGUCCUGAGACCAUGGAUGAAAGGAUCAAAGACAGAAUUCCCAAAAUAGUCUUCACAAGUUCCAGCUCCAAGUAUUCAUCGACGAUUGUGGAUAAAUUAGGCUUUGUUGCUGUGAAGAUUUUUCCCUUCAACGAGCUCAAAGCCAACGGAAUUCCAGUGUCUGAGAAAGUUUCUUCAGAUCACACAGAAUCGAAGCUAAUGGUAUUUAAAUUGUGAUAAAUGUUGAAGAGGAAACUAUUAGGUAUAUUGGCCAUUCUUAUGAUAAGCGUAUAAGGCUUUUCUCGACAUCAUUUCCGUUGCUGAGGUCAAGGCAAAAGGAACAGAUAACAAUAAUUCCACUUUAUCUUAACUUUUAAUUCAUAAAUGCACUGGGAGACAGACUGGGAGUAAAGAGAGAUUGUGCCUACUUUUAAUGUCAUUUGUCGUGUUGAUUUUCCUUGAGGUAUUCAUGAAUUGUUAAUUAUCUUAUUAUAAUGAUGGUGUUAUCUAGAGCGAAAAACUUUGAUAGGAAAAAAUGGGACACUUAAUGUGACAUAAUUUUGUGUGGUAAAAAAGUUAAGCAAAUAAAAUAUUUGGCACAAAGUUCAUUGAUCAUUUUUAAACAUCUCAUACAGAUGAAUGCAAAUUAAUUCAUAAAAAUACUUUCACAACUCUUCAGUAGUUCUGCUUUACCAAAAUUCGCGCAGUUUUAGUCAAGCGCUGAAGCAAAA